CACUGUAUUGUAUUAUAGUGUUGUUUGAAUAUACAAGAGAAUUGUAAAUUACAGAAAAUAAAUAAAAAUAUGUCAAAAAUAAACUUUUAUAUUAGUUAUUAAGGCAAAACCUUUAAAAGAAAACACAAUUAAGAUAAUAAAAGAAUAGUUAAGUGGAAAAGUGAAACAGUUGUAUUUAAUCAAAAGGUGUGAACAACAGAAUUUUGCAGAGAAAAAGUCUGUAUCAUAAAGUAGUCAAUAUGUAUCUGUGAAGAAUGUUGAUAGUUUUUCAUGCAAUUUGCAAAAGUUUGUUCACUUGAAAAUUAAUUAGUUUAUUUGAAAUAAAAGUAUGUUGAAAAUUGUUAAUUGUUUAAAAUUGGGAUUAAUUCAAAUGAAAAUGGAGUGAAUAUCGUAUUAUCUACAUCUACACGCCUCACCCUUGUAAUGAAUAAAUCUGUAUCUUGUAGUUGCCAUACACUAGUUUGUAUGUACAUAAUUAAAAGAAAAAAAUAGGACUACUGAAAAAUUGUGUAAAUCGAGUCCAAGAAAUAAAAGGGAUUACUAAAAUUACACCGUAAAUACAAGAGAUUUAAAUACACAGUAGAGUAGAGUGUUUUAAAAUCAUAAGUGUUAAAGGACUAGACAUGGAUAAUUUGGACAAACUAAAUUAUAUGGUGGCUAAUAAUCCUGUUAACAAUCCAAUGGCAGAAGUUUUAAAACAACCGGAGGCUUUUAAUCAGCCCACAACAAAUAUGCAUGAAUUUCCAAUGGCUGAACCUUUAAAUGAGGAAACGACAAAAGCGGAUUCCAAAAUGUCAACUAAUAAUGGUAGUUAUUUUGAUGUUACUUCGGCAAACACAAAUCCAUUUGAUUGUGUUCCCACAUCCACUAAUCCUGCUUCAUUGUUAAAACGUGAAAUUUCUGCAGAUGUCGAAAUACCCCCAACAUAUCCACCCACGGAUAUGUCCGAAAGCCAAAAGCGUAAAUCGCCUGUGGAACCCCAUGUUGAUAACAGUCAUUUGGCUAAAAAGCAACAACUUUGCCAAUUAGCAGAGGAAAAGAAAAAGUCCAAUUUGAGAAAAAAUAUUCGAGAAGUCAUGGAUACCAAUCAAUUGGAUACAAACACGUUAAGGGCUCAGCAUGAAGAGUCUGAACGUUUGGCUCGUGUAGCCGAACAGCAAAAACUGCUUAGAGAAUAUCAACAGAGAGAAGCGGUUCUCACACACUUUGAUCGAUUUGUUAACGAGCACAGGGUCAGAGAUCCCUCUGACCUUAUACCGGUACAGAAAAAAACCAGUUUACAUAAAGUUCCCGAACAAAUCGAUUUAAAGUUAGAACAAACAGCUACCAGUCAAUCAUUUGAGAGUACGGAAACAGAUACUGAUGCUGUGAAAAGUGCUGACGAAAAGGAAGAUAGUGUUCCGGCUGAAGUUGUCACCAUAGAAGACAGCUCAGAUGACGAUGAUUGUAUUGUGUUGUCGGAUGAUGAAGCAGACCUCGAAGAAGACAACGAAAAUGAUGAUCCCAAUAAUAGUGGCAUGCAUGUAAAAGAUGAGUUCAAUGUACCCGAUCACCUGGGAAGAGUUGUUAUCAAUGUCGGUCAUCCCGAGGACGAAGAAGACAUAUUUAUAGCACCACAAAUAGCUCGCACUAUUAAACCCCAUCAAAUAGGAGGAGUACGUUUUCUUUUCGAUAAUAUUAUCGAAUCAAUUAAACGUUUUAAAACUUCUGGUGGAUUUGGUUGUAUUUUGGCGCAUUCAAUGGGUCUGGGCAAGACUCUGCAAGUGGUUUGUUUUUGUGAUAUAUUUCUAAGGUAUACCCCUUCCAAACAUGUGGUAUGCGUAAUGCCCAUUAACACCCUACAAAAUUGGUACGCUGAAUUCGACAUGUGGAUACCAAAACACUCCGACAAUCCUGACUACGUUAGACCUCGUCAGUUUGACGUCUUUGUACUUAACGAUCAACAAAAGACUCUAACGGCUAGAGCCAAAAUUAUUCUGCAAUGGAAGGAAAGAGGUGGUGUAUUACUGAUUGGCUACGAACUAUACCGUUUAUUAGCACUUAAACUUAGUACGACAGGAAAAAGACGCAGUAAAAAAUUUCAGAAUAUGAAUGACAAUUUUCCCGAGUCUCGAAGUCGAGUAAUGGAUGAGGUGUAUGAAGCUUUAGUAAAACCGGGUCCUGAUCUAAUAAUAUGCGAUGAGGGUCAUAGGAUAAAAAAUGCUCAGGCCGGUAUUUCUCAGGCUCUCAAGCAAAUAGCAACUCGUCGACGGAUUGUUUUAACGGGAUACCCCUUGCAAAAUAAUUUACUUGAGUAUUGGUGCAUGGUUGAUUUCGUACGUCCUAACUAUUUGGGUACAAGAACCGAAUUUUGCAACAUGUUCGAAAGACCCAUACAGAAUGGACUUUGCAUAGAUUCUACCCCGGACGACAUAAAACUAAUGCGCUAUAGAGCACAUGUAUUGCACUCGCUACUUGUAGGUUUUGUCCAAAGGAGAUCACAUACUGUAUUACAGCUAUCUUUGCCAGAGAAGCAGGAAUUUGUGAUUCUUACGCGAAUGUCUGAGUUGCAGAAACAACUGUACGACACAUUCAUGAAUGACAUCGUACGUACAAAGAACGUUCCCAAUCCACUAAAAGCGUUUGCAGUAUGUUGUAAAAUUUGGAAUCAUCCAGAUGUUUUGUAUGAUGCUAUGAAGAUGGCCGACUCCGGUUUAGAUUGGGACAUUGAAGAUGUCGAUGAGAUUCCGAUUGCAUCAAGUGUAAAUAAAAAUGGCUUCCCACCGCCCGUGCCUGCCAGUACUCCUGCAACUAUUACUACAUGCCUUCCUGUUAACCCCGAGACACCUCCAACUCUGUCUCAAACACAAUCGUAUCAGUCGCUCUUAAAAUCAUCUGUACGCGAUUCAGAAACUAAUCAAAAACUGCAAAAUCAAAAUGAAAUAACGGAAACAACACAAGCAGUACCACCCUCAGUAUCUACAUCAGCCCCAAAAGAUAACAGCUACCAAGGGCCAUCACUUUUUACAGAAAUGAAUCAAUUUGAAAAUCCUACUUUAAACAAUGUGCCCUACAAUCAAGACAUGCAAUCAUCAUAUUUUUCCUAUCCCACUAUGAUGAGUAACAUGGGUCGUCCUUUGCAACCCAACUAUGUGGGCUGCAUGCUUAAGCAAAACGAGACAAGUAAUGCUGACGAUUCGCACAAUUCAUCAUCAGAAAUAGUCGAUUUGGAUACUAACGAAAUUCGAACUAUUGAAACUGACAUCGACAUGGACAAGAGUAUUCCUUUAAAUAAAGAUGAAAAAAGCGAGAAGCAAAGCACAUCAACUGAUAAUGAUAAAUCGGAAACGGAUAGUCAUUUUAGUAGUUCAAUUGGAGCUUCUGAAAGCAAUGAUGUCGAACAAAAAAAGGGCUCUGAAAAGAUCACUUACGAUUGGGCGAUGAAAUUUAUGAAGAAAUAUGAACCUGGUCUAAUUUCAAAUUCUCCUAAAAUGGAAAUAUUUUUCUGUAUUCUCAACGAAAGCGUUCGCAUAGGUGAUCGUGUCUUAUUGUUUAGUCAAAGUUUACUAACAUUAAAUCUUAUUGAAAAAUUCCUGCAAGCAAAUCGUAUUCCUGGUGAAGACACCAAUUGGACAUUUAACAAACAUUACUUUCGUUUAGAUGGUUCAACAACUUCUCAAGAAAGAGAAAAGUUUGUCAAUGAAUUCAAUUCGAAUACAAAUGUUAAGUUGUUCCUUAUUUCAACAAAGGCUGGUUCGUUGGGUAUCAAUCUAGUAGGAGCUAAUAGAGUAAUAAUCUUUGAUGCAAGUUGGAAUCCUUGUCAUGAUACGCAAGCAAUUUAUCGUAUUUAUAGGUAUGGCCAGCGAAGAGCAUGUUUUAUAUAUCGUUUAGUUAUGGACAGAUGUUUGGAAAAGAAAAUAUAUGAUCGGCAAAUAAAGAAGCAGGGCAUGUCUGAUCGUGUAGUCGACGAGUGCAAUCCCGAUGCUCACCUUUCCAUUAAGGAUGUUACAAAUCUCUGCUACGAUUACGAUGAUGACGAUGACAAAACGAACACUUUUGAAUAUAUUAAACCUUUGGAUUCCUACACGGACACAAUAAUGAAAUUGAUUUUAACCGAUUACAAAACAUGUUUAACCAAAGAACCCUUCUUCCACGAAAGUCUAUUAAUUGAUCGAAAAAAUGAUAAACUAUCGCAGGCCGAAAAGAGAAUGGCACAUCGUAGCUAUGAAAUGCAAAAGAAGACUUCAGCAAAGACAACAAUUUAUUCAAACUCCAGUAGGAUCCAAUAUCAAACGGUGCGCAAAGAUGGUUCAUUAAUCACCAGACCAGUUGCUUCGGUUCGUCCUAUACAGGCGCCCAGAAGUCAAACAACCCAAAAGAAUAGCAGCGGCUUAAGAACUACUAGAUGGAUACCUGCAGAAGUAUGGCAAAAGCAAGGAAUGACGGCCCAAGAAAUGUCAUUACCACUUGAUGUUGUCAUACCAACAAAUUCAAGCAAUAAAUCAAAAAUUAUUAUCAAGGCUGGUCAAAGAGUUAUGGUACUGAAGUCAGCCAAAGGCAUUUAUAUGCAAUUAGAUAGUGGAAAAAUUAUAGCUAUAAGGACACUAAACAAACCGAAUGUUGCGACAACAGAGAAAAGUGAUGUCAUCGAUAUAACGGGAGAAUCGGAAACUACAUCGUCGAAAGAGUCGCCAAAGACUGACAAAUCCGAAACUGAUAGUGGUGCAUUAUCACCUGCCAGCAAAGAUGCUGACUUAAAGCUUAACAGUUUGGUAAAUAAUGGAAAUGUUAAUCAAAAUGAUGAUACUCCAAAGGAAACAUCCAAUCAAUUGAAUCUAUUUAAUAGUUCUUCUAAUGUAGAAACAAAUGUUUAUAGCAACAAUAAUACAUCGGUAGAAACAGAAAAUAAAUCAAAAUCGAAUCUAAUGAUUAGAACAAACAAUGAUACUCAAGAGCAAAGUACAUCACUACAUUUUAGUCAGCGACAACAGACAACACAGAUUCAACAGCAACAACAACCAGCACAAACUGUGCAAACACAAUCGCAACAACAACAGCAGCAGAAUAAUACGCAUGUUACUCAUACUCAAACUCUUAACGAACAACCACAACAACAUUUGCAACAAAAUCCUCCACAUACGCCAUCGCAGAUAAUGCAUUCCCAACCACCAACCGCUUACAGCCAACAUCCAACAUAUGCUUACACACAACAUCCAACAUUGCGCAAUACAGCCGCACAUUAUACCGCCGUAAGAGCGGGCGAUUUAAAUUCAUACAAUUCCUAUCCACAAACCCCACAGUAUACAGACUACUCAUCUUAUGGAUCUCAGCAACAAAGCGCCCGUUAUCAUCCGACCAGUAGUAGUUCGUCACAUACAAACAUUGCACCCGUCGUUCAUCCCCCACCACCUCCUCCACCUGCAACAAAUCCACAAACAGCAGCAACCUCGCAUCCCCCAUCGCUUUCAGAUUUCUAUGGAUCAUAUUAUCCGCAAUGGUCGACAUUUAUGUUAACAACGCCUACCCAAGCAUCAAAUGAUAAUCCUCAUUUGAUGCAUAGCACAUAUCCACCGCUUGCAGCUCAACCUCACUCACAUUCCCAUCAUGCCAAAGUGCAAACAAAUUCUCAUCCCUGGCAACAAUAUCAUCCAUAAUAGUAAGAUUUUAAAUUCCUAUGUAUAUCGUUAUAUAGGAUCAUACAUUUCCCCACACAAUUCAUACACGCGUUUGAAACAUACAACAAUUUACAAUUUAUAAAUAAAUUUAUAAAAAUUUUACUUUAAUGAAAAAAAAAUGGAAAAAAAUAAUAUUAUAAUGAAUAUGAAUAUAAUAUUAAGAAUACAUUCAAACAAAUACCUAGUUUAGUAAUAAUUGAAAUUAAAUUAAUAAAAUUAAACAAAAAAUAAUAAUUUUAAAA